UACUACUUCUCCGGUCAUAGAAAAAGAGCGAACAGGACUCUGCUCGGUUUCCAGGUCGCCAUCGACCGUCUCAGUUCCGUGUGGCUGCUACUGCGAGGGGGAGAGAAAGAUGGAGAAAGGGGUGGCUCUUAGAUCAAUUUUCCGAUCACUAUCUUCCAGAUCUUAUCGCUUCUCCGCCAACAAUAAUCAAAUCCUUCGCACCAUCCAUACUCGCCACCGCGACUAUUUGGCCGUUCGCACUCUUUUUAGCCCAUCGCCCUUUCAUGUCUCUCCUUCUGCCGAUCGUCUCCCAACAGAAUGCAGGUCUUCUCUCUCAACAGGCUUAGGAAGUGUGCGGUUUUAUAGUGAACAUGUAACCCACUUGCCUGAAAUCAAAGACCCUAAGCUGCAAAAUGCUUUCAAGGAUUUGAUGGCAGUAAAUUGGGAUGAGCUCCCACAUGCUGUCAUUUAUGAUGUGAAGACAGCACUAACUGGAAAUACUGAUGACAAAGCUGGCAAGGAUAUAGUGGAAAAUGUUUUCCGUGCUGCAGAAGCCGUUGAAGAGUUUAGUGGGAUUCUAGUGACCUUAAAAAUGGAAAUUGAUGACAGCAUUGGGUUAAGUGGCGAGGAUGCAAAGCCCACACCUGAUCAUAUAAAGAAUGCACUUCGAACUGUUUUUGAUCGUUACACCACUUACUUGAGUUCAUUUGGGCUGGAUGAAAGCUACCUGCGGAAGAAGGUAGAGACAGAACUGGGCACAAAGAUGAUACACUUGAAAAUGAGGUGCAGUGGCUUAGGUUCUGAGUGGGGGAAGGUUUCUGUUCUUGGAACUUCUGGACUUGCAGGAUCAUAUGUUGAACAAAGAGCAUAGAAACAGCCCAUGUAAUUGUCUGUUUUAAAUUAGACUUCUGCGAAUCUGCAGACGGUGCGAUGUGUUUUCUCCUGAACUUCUUAUGGCAUGCAAAUAAGGACGCAUUUAUUUUACUUGUAAUGAAUGAUACCAAAGCAAUAUAACGUUGGCGAUGAUUUUGCAGUAA